AUGCAUUCCUCCAGCUCCCCGGGUGAGACACAUACUACCGGCGAGUCCCCGCCGCCCGCCUCUCGGUCCGCCUCCAUCUCUCUGCAGGCAGCUGCCACAUUAAACGCUGGUCUUCAACAUGAGCCCUCACGACGUUCUUCGAGUAGUUCAUUAUCACGGCAUCGACAUUCGCCCAACGCCGGUCGUCGCCAAUCUGCCGUUCUCAUGAACCUCCAGCUCAACGACCCCGCCCGCCCUGGGCCUGGUGAAAUGGUGAACGAGGGGCACGCCAGUGGAUAUAGGGCAACCAGUCCAGGGUCUAUAACUGCGUCUCCCCUCUUAAGCGGAGGCGACCCCCAUCACAACCGGGCACCCAGUCUGGGCGAACUUCACCAAGAGCUCGAGGCCGAGCAAGAGGCACAGGUGAACCGUCUGUUGCAGAUGAUACGUCAACAACAACAGCAACUCCAGCAGCUUCAAGCAGCCCAGGGUCAGACCCAAAGCAGUGUUGCCGCCGAGGAUGCCCCGCCCAGCUCAGAGAGAUCCAAUUCGGCCAUCCAACACCAGAGCAGCGGAGGAAUUCCGCCACCUUCUCACCAUUCAUCACUAUCAACUUCGAUGCCGCGGUCUCCUGUCUUGUCCCACCCGCGCAGUUCCUUCGAUCGACGCUCCCGAACACCUAGCCGUGGGGCCUCGUCUCCCAGGAUGCGAUCCACCUCAAUUAGUAGCCAGAGCGGCGAGCAGUGGAUCCUCGGCGGUCGGGACGAAAGUGCAUUCUAUCAAGCCGAAACUCAGUCUAUGGUUCGCGAGAAUCAGAUGUUGCGCCACCGCAUUCGCGAACUAGAGCGCCAAUUGAGCGAGGCUCACGCUAAUGCUUCUGUUACGCGAGAACCAGCGCAUCCUUCUCAUCUCUUGCAAUCCACUUCGGCAUCCGAGGAAGACGGCACUGCAUCGGUCGCAACAGCGGUGCAACCGACAGCAGUCGCGGACACUCCGAAAGAGGAGUGA